GUAAACAUUGGCUUGCUGGCAGACCCCAUAGAGACGGACACUAUGUUCAGCGCUAGGGCGCAUUUAACAAGACUGGAAAGAAAGAUAACAGACAGUGACAAGAAGAAAUUCGCCAUGGUCUUCCAGCAGUGUGACGAGGGCAGGAAGGGGUACCUGAGCAGAGAGGACCUGAAGGUGGCCGUGGUUCAGCUCUUCGGCUACAAACCGUCCAAGAUGGAAACAAACUCACUCAUGGAGCCUGUCCUGAAGGCUGAUUUACCAGGUGUCCCUCUGGAUCUCUUUGUCUCUCUCAUGGGGAGGAAGUUGUCGGUGCUGGAUCCAUACGAGAAGACGAGGCACAUCUUCAACGCUUUUGAUGCGCAUUGUCGCGGCUUUCUAACGCUAGAAGACUUCCGGAGGGCUUUUUCUCGCGUGGCCCCUCGCCUUCCAGACAGAACCAUACAGGAAGCUUUCCGGGAGGUGGAUCGGGACUCCGAUGGACACAUCAGCUUCAGGGACUUCGAGUGCGCGAUCGGACACGCACAGAACCCACCCUAGCUUUCCACACGCUGGUUGGACCGCGUUGCUGCCAACUCGGUCAAGGAGGCGUUGUCGUCUCGGCGCAUCGGCAGCAACGUUCCGCACAUGCCGCUCUUUCUGAGCACUAAUUGAACGGAAUUGCACCAGUCAAAGUCCUCAUCGCAAUGUUUGAAAAGCCAGUUGCCCGGCCACAGGAUGGCAACCGUGACCCGGCGAAGACUGGAACGAGUGACUGCUGUUAGGUACAGUAAUUUAACAGGGAACGUUGAGUUUUCACUCUGUAAUUAAAAAAAGAUGUCAAGUACUAUAUUUUGUUCACGUCUCCGGUGUUCGCUUCACAAUAAACAUAAAAGCGGCAGAGGAGACUGGGAAACGAUGCAAGUGACACCGCAGCGGAAUGGGCUCCAUCCUUCCAAUGGAUGCUCUGAUUUGUGUGCCGUGCUCCGCGUCUAUUUGCUAGGGCCUUUUUGGGGCACAGCAUUCAACACUUCAAACCUAUUAAAAGGCCUGUUGAGAGCUGGAUGUCUUUUAAUCCCCUCACUAAAUCCAUUUGCACCUGAGAACCCGGCAGGUUGCAUGGAAAUUGAAUAUUAAGUGUCGUAAUCAGAUUCCAUUUUUAAUCAGUUUUACACAAACCGCUCCCUGUAGCUCUAUAUUAAAAUGCCCAAAUGCAUAUUUCCUGGGGAUUUCCGGGGUUCCACUUGUAACACAUGAUUAUGGAAUUGUAAAUACUUGUUUGUGUUUUGAGAGAUUUACUGCACUCCCGUCUGAAUAAAGAUUAAUUUGUUUUUGUAAUCAGGCUUGAGCCUUCAUCUGUGCAGCGC